UUCUCGCUGAUGUACAUGUCUGGACAAAGCGGCGACAGAAAAAAUAUGAGUCGCUGCAAUCGUCCUCUUCUCGUUUUGAAAAUGGCUAUGUAAAUAAAAAAUAACUAAAUAAAACCAUCGUGUGUCCAGUGGACUCCUCAACAUGGCAACUGAGGAGGAGAGGGGCGUUGUGCGUGUCAAAGUCAAGCACAGUUACCCAAAACACAUCUCCAGGCUGUGCAAGGGCUAUUUGGCCAAGGAGAGUGAAGGGGUGUCACUCGACUUCAACCCAAUUGAGAUGGUUUGGGAUGAGUUGGACUGCAGAAUGAAGGACAAGCUGCCAACAAGUACUCAGUAUGUGGGACUGUUGGAAAAGCAUUCCAGAAGUGUGAGGGGAUGCUGCCAGUGGAGUUUCGCUCAUUUGCUGUGGAUCCCCAGAUUACAUCACUGGAGGUGCUACAGCACAUCCUCAUCCGAGCCUUCGAGUUAAAUGGCAAGCGUAACUUUGGGAUAAGUUACCUCUCUCGAGACCGUGGAGGUGUAGAAGUGUAUCUCUCACUUCUGUCUGACUGGGAUUUAGAUGCUGCGUUUGUCAGUGCAGCUAAACCAUAUCUACAGCUCAAGGUGGACAUUAAGCCAUCUGAAGACAGUCCUGUUAUGGAAGACUGGGAUAUAAUAAGCCCCAAAGAUGUGAUUGGUUCUGACCAGCUUCCUGGUGAUAGGAGGUCCUUGGCGGCUACUGCCCUUCCUUUCACCCAAUCCCUGCUGUCCCAGAUGAUGGGACGAACAUUGUCCAGAGUACAGCAGGCCUUGAGCUGGACUUACGGGGAAGAGGUGAAGCCUUUCAAGCCCCCAUUGAGCGAUGCUGAGUUCCAUAGUUACCUCAAUGGCCAGGGCCAGCUGUCCCGUCCUGAGGAACUGAGGCUACGCAUCUACCAUGGUGGGGUGGAGCCUUCACUACGCAAGGUUGUGUGGCGAUACCUUCUGAAUGUGUAUCCUGAUGGGCUCACUGGUCAGGAGAGGAUGGACUACAUGAAAAGAAAGACCCGGGAGUAUGACCACCUGAAGGGAGAGUGGUUAGCAAGGGUCAGUCCAGAGGACCUGGAAUUCAUAAGAGGCAACGUAUUGAAGGAUGUCUUGAGGACCGACCGGGCCCAUUCCUAUUAUGCCGGCUCUGAAGACAGCCCCCACCUCACUGCUCUCACCGACCUGCUCACCACCUUUGCCAUUACACACCCACAGGUAUCAUACUGCCAAGGCAUGAGUGACAUCGCUUCUCCGAUACUUGCUGUCAUGGACAAUGAGGCACAUGCAUUCAUUUGUUUCUGCGGCAUCAUGAAACGCCUGGAGGGCAAUUUCCGCCCGGAUGGCCAACUCAUGUCCGUCAAGUUUCAGCAUCUGAAGUUGCUGCUGCAGUACUCAGACCCCGAGUUCUACUCUUAUUUGGUGUCCCGCGGAGCUGAUGACCUGUUCUUCUGUUACCGCUGGCUGCUCCUGGAACUCAAGCGGGAAUUUGCCUUUGAGGAUGCCCUGAGGAUGCUGGAAGUCACGUGGAGCUCCCUGCCCCCCGACCCUCCUGAAACGGAAGUGGAGCUUCUUGGGCCACCCCUGGAAAUGGACCAGACCCUAGUGACCUCUGAGAGUGGCUUUGAAAAGAGGCUCCCUUUCACAGGAAAUGAAGAAGGGGAACGGAAAGAGAAGCAGCGGCGACGACAUAUGUUGAGGCCUUCAAGAGAGGAGGCAGACGGGCUGGGGAAUGUCAACAUAGAGGGGGUAGAGGGGGUAAGGAAUAUCGACAUGGAGGGAGAGGGGGAGGACAGACGAGAGGCUGAGGGGAACUUAGACAUGCACAACAUUGGGAAGGAGAAGGCGCACCCCAACGCAACGGUUGCUGCCUUUGAAGAGCAGGGGAGUUUUGGUGAAUUCAAGUACUACAGCGCACGUAACGAAGACAAUUUUGAUUUCGAGGAGAGGCCCCCACCAGAGGGUCCAGUUGGACUGGAAGCCUCCUUGCAGCUUGUGUCAGGUCUACCGGUCCGGCAGGCCACUGAAGACAGCGAGGAAGAUCCGGAGGAGAGAGUGCCUCUUAUAACGGACGAGGACAAGUCCUCUAGCCCAGAGACUGAAGAGAGGAGUUCCCCCAAUGGGCAGACGACCUCUCCGGCCUCCCCGUUUCCACCUGGUUCCUCUCCUGGUUCUACUCCCUCCCCCUUGAGUUGGAGGGGUGACUCCCCAGACACCCCACCCCCAAAGUACAUCUCCCCCAUUUUACCUAACGAGUCACCAGAGAAAGCCACAAGAGGGAUCUCUUCCUUUCCCUCGGUCCCGAAUGGAACCGGAGCCGACUCGCCCGCCACCCCGACUGGGAGGUCUUUGGUUUCCUCUCCGCUGCUGUCUCGAUCUCUGCUCUCGUCGCCUAUUUUGUCCAUCGGGAGAGCUCUUCCUUCCCUUCCCGUUGGCACGGUGAAGUCCUUUUCCAGUAACCUUCCCUCUCCUUGCAGCAGGGCCUCGAGCACCAUGCCCACUCCGAAUUCUACCAAAUCGGAGAACACCACCAUUAAACCUUGUUCCCUGCCACCGCCUCAAGAGUUUGGCAAAGGGAAUCCUUUCAUGUUGUUCCUGUGCCUGUCAAUCCUCCUUGAGCACCGAGACCACAUAAUAAAGAACAGCUUCGAUUACAACGAGCUGGCAAUGCACUUUGAUCGCCUUGUUCGCAGACACAACCUGAGCAGGGUGCUGCAGCGAGCCAAGGCCUUGUUUGCGGACUACCUGCAGAGUGAGGUGUGGGAUUCGGAGGAAGGGGAUGAGGUCAGCUCGGAUUCGCCUGUCACUGGCACUGGUGCUCUGCACUCGCCGCCUUCCGCCACAAGGCCUCUUUUUACCCCUUUUUCAUCCCCGCUGCCAUCCUCCCCUAACUCCACCUAUAACCUGGUUGACACCGUACCUUCCCCGAGUUCACCGGCCUCCCUCUCUCCCUCCUGACUUAUGUGACUAUAUCCCCAACACACUUAAAGUACAAUGACUAAUGGUGGCCUACUUUGUUUCUUUGUCCCUUUAUCGUACUGUUGCUCAUCUCAUUUAGCUCUCCACCCAUGCAAAACUUGACUGGAAGGUUACUACUACUAGUUUUCCCUGUUUGCUAUUAGUAUUGCUUAUCUCACCAUCUCCUCAAUUAACAAGUCCCCAUGCUUACUCUUGCCUAGCUAUGCACUGUUCCGUCAAGUCUUCACUGUUUCAUGAUGACCAUGUAUUUGCCUUCUCUUUUCAUUAUUGGGAUAAUUAAACGUUUCAAACGAA